AUGUCGUCAGGGAUCCUUCACAUCAUCGACUCUCGGACGAAGCAGAGGUAUGAAAUUCCGAUCAGGCGAAAUGUGAUUUCUGCAAUAGACCUCAAGAGUAUCGAGGCACCAGCAGCUGGUACAGACCGAGCAGAUCAUGUGGCUGGUGGGCUGCGGGUACACGAUCCAGGCCUACAGAAUACAACGGUGAUAGAGUCCGCUAUAAGUUAUUCUGAUCAUGAAAGAGGCGUGCUUCUCUUUCGCGGUUACACCUUGGCCCAGUUAUGGGACAGCGACGUCGAGGACAUGUUGCAUCUACUCGUUUGGGGCACCUAUCCAACAUGGCAGCAGAAGAAGGAUUUGAACAGAAAGCUUACAGACCAGAUGCUGGCUGUCCCAGAAAGUGUGCAUCGAACCAUCCGAGGAUUUCCCCAGGCAACAUCUCCAUUGCCGCUGAUCCUGGCUGGGCUCUCGGCAUAUCUGGCGUGCUUUCCAGACACAAUUCCCGCGUUAACACAUGCGAACCUUUACCAAGGAAACCUGCGUAAUGUCGAUCAUGCGGUUAUCCGAACUGUAGCCGCAUAUGGUGUUAUUUUUGGCCUGGCAAAUAGUCACCGGAAGGGUAUUGAUUUCCAACCGCCAUCACCAGAGAAUAGCUACUGUGAGAAUGUAUUUGCUAUGGCAGGGCUGGUGGAUCCGGCUUCCAGUCGCCCAGAUCCAAUUAAGCUGUCAUGUUUCCGACGCUUUGCCAUACUGAAUGCCGACCAUGGCAUGGCCCUGGCUGCAUUCGCAACAUUAGUGACAGCAUCCUCGUUGACAGAUCCUAUCUCCUGCUUGAUAAGUGCGGUGGCAGCCGCAUAUGGGCCCCUGCACUUUGGUGCUACUGUGUCUGCCCAGCGUACGCUCCGGGACAUCGGAAGUAUAGAUAAGGUCCCCGAGUUUAUCGAGGACGUAAAGGCUGGGCGAACGAAGCUAUUUGGAUAUGGACAUCGCUCAUACAAGGGCUAUGAUCCCAGGGUUCGUCCAAUCCAGUCAAUCCUGAAGGACCUGGACUUGUCAUCAAAUAAUCAUUUGGAAAUAACCGAACGCAUAGAGGAAAUAGCCUCAGCGGACGAUUACUUCCGCCGCAGAGGUCUGUACCCUAAUGCUGACUUUUAUGGUAACUUUGUCUUCACCGCGAUCGGCUUCGACCCAGAUAUGAUUCCAGCUGCUAUGCUGACACAGCGCAUAAUAGGGAUAAUGGCUCAUUGGCGGGAAUACAUGCUGACACACGGCAAGCUGUUUCGACCAUCACACAUAUACACAGGUGAAACGGAGGAUAACAAGCCAUUGCCAAAGAUUUAA